CGCUUUUACGCGGGUGUGCUACCUGCAGCGGUUCGCCUACCGUGGUGAGCUGCGCUUUUGGCUCGGGCACAAGAGGCGGGACUCCGUGAAGGGCGAUCCUUAAAUACCGGGAGUCGCCGAUCGGAGCGCAGUACUGGGCAGUGCGGCAUAGGGCGACGUGCUCCACAAGCCGACAAGAUGGCAAAAGCUUACCUGCAGGGAGUCGAAAUCUCAGCCUCUCAGUUUCUGGAUAUCUUUCACCAUUACGACAAUGACGGUAAUGGAUAUAUCGAAGGAAAAGAACUGCAGAACUUCAUAAAAGAACUUCAGCAGGCUCGGAAACAGGCGGGACUGGAGCUCACAGACCAGAUGAAGGCCUUUGUGGAGGAGUACGAGAAAAACACGGAGGGAAAGAUAGACAUCGUGGAGCUGGUGCAGAUUCUGCCCUUUGAGGAAAACUUCUUGUUAUUCUUCCGACAACAACUCAGGUCCUGUACGGAGUUCGUACAGGCCUGGAGACGAUAUGACGCGGAUCACAGCGGCUACAUCGAGGCAGAAGAGCUGAAGAACUUCUUGAGGGACCUAAUGAAGAAGGCCAAGAAGCCUUAUGACGAUAAGAAGCUGGAGGAAUAUACGCAGACUACACUGAAAAUAUUUGACUCCAACAAUGACGGGAAGUUGUGCCUGGCGGAAAUGGCGAGACUGCUUCCAGAUGAUGAGAACUUCAUACUAAAGUUCCAGGGGGUCAAAAUGCCAAGAAAGGAGUUCCACAAGAUUUUUGAGUUAUAUGACAAGGACGGAAAUGGAUACAUGGAUGAAAAUGAGCUGGACGCUUUACUCAGAGACUUCUGUGAGAAAAAUAAGAAGGUCCUGGAUACUGCAAAGAUUCCCACGUAUAAGACUGCCAUCAUGGCACUCUCUGAUGCGGGCAAGCUCUACGAGACGGACUUAGCGCUGGUCCUGUGCGCCGAUGAGAACUGAGACCCGCCCACCACCCCGGUGCCCAGCCCCAACUGCCCCCCCCACCCCAACCCCCCCUCACCUCAACUCGUGGUGUGUGCAAGGAUAGCUAGAAGCUCCAAUGAUGUAGGGUGUUUCUUUUCUCUUUCUUUGAUAUCUGUAAAUUUGAAAGGUGUCUAUCAAAGUCUGACCGCUUGUACCUUUCAACCUGUAGUUUCUAUACUGUUUGUAAUGUACAGCUUUUGUAAUGAAGAGAUUGAUACAAUAUAAAAAGGACCUGCACUUUGACAUUAUACACACACACACACACACACACACACACACACACACCCACGUGCACGCACACACAUACACACAGAUAUAUAUUCUGUGACACAGCAUCAUAACUUUGUAUCUCUCCGGCAAAGUACAAAAGUGUAUUCCUGAAUACCAGAUAUCCUACUGUUAAGGACCAUCAGCAUCGUCCAAAUGAUAAUUCUACUCGAUGACGUUGUAGCCAAAGCAAUAAAGUGUCAGCGAAAGGCAAUGAGUGGAGCGUAUGCGUGGGGAGGCGGCAGGGACUGAUACACACACCAAACUGUUUGCGGUAGCUGAACUUCUAGUUUGCAAUGCAUGCCGAGUGUUGAGGACUCGCCUUCCGGAACAAUACUGAGCUAUGAGCACCCCCCCCCCCCCCCCAUAUCUCGUAGAUGACUUCCCCUUUAUGGUAAUUUCUGGCAUAAUCAGACUUUUGCACUGUAUGGAAUGAUGUGCUUCACUAUGCUGAACACCACACUCACUGUGUAACCUGUUAAUCACUUCAGAUACUACCUGAAGUUAUGGUCGUUUGUUGCAAUGUUUCUCCUGAAAACGACUGAGAUUAAAUGUACCGUGUAAACCAC